CGAAGCUAAAUAUUACUCCGCUCAUUGGCCGCAAGCUUGUCAGUCAGAAGAGAAAACAGCUGAUCGAUGUCAUUAUUCAAUUGGUGUGGAUGCCAUACUUGUAUGAGAACUGUGUGAUAUUUGAUGAGAACUGUGUGACAUCCGAUGAGAACUGUGUGACAUCCGAUGUGCCAUCAUGAGGAAUGUGACCAGCAUGAUCUGCAGGGCGACCUGUCUGUACAGAAGAACCUUGUUACUGCAAGCAUCUCAGUCAGGUGCUCUGCGUCACCAAGUAGCAUUAUGCAGCUCACACACCGCUACCGAGAAACCACGACGACGGGAGCUGCUUUUGGAGACCGUAAAGAGUGUAGACGUGGAAGGAAGCCAGACGAAUGCUGAGCUCGUGAUAUUCGACAAGGAUGGAACACUCAUCUGUUUCCACACCAUGUGGGUUCCAUGGAUGCAGCAGGUUGCCUCAAAAAUUGCGGCAAAGAGUGGCCUUGACAUUGAAGAGAAGAUUUUCGACACUCUGGGUUUCUGCCAGGACACGAAGCGCGUGUUUCCUGGUCUCCUGGCUGAGUCGACGGGGCCCCAGAUCAAGGACGUGCUGACCGAAGUGCUGGUGGAGGAAGGAAUGGAGAAGACUCUGGCUCGUCAGACUAUAGAAGAGAGCUGUAGCGAGGGAGACACGGGACAUCCCGACAAACUGAGAGCUGUCUCCGACAUCCGCAUGCUGUUCAGAAUCCUAAAAUCGGAGAACAUCAAGAUAGCCAUCUGCACGUCGGAUAACCGGAAGGGCACUGUGGCCACGCUGGAGAAACUGAAACUCUGUGAAUACAUCGACUACAUCGUGUGUGGAGACGACCCGAACACGCUGCCCAAACCGGACCCCCACAAUGCCUGGAAGAUCUGCGGCCAUCUGAACGUGGAUCCUCUGAGCGCCGUGAUGGUUGGCGACACCCAGGCCGAUGUCGGGAUGGGCUACAACGCCAAGCUGGGCUGGAGUAUCGGCGUGCUCAGUGGGAUAGGCGACACGGAAGACCUGAUGCCCGAGGCCGACCAUGUGGUGAAGGAUGUGAAGGACAUCCUUCCUCUGAUUCUGGCAGACGACCGGUGGAAGGAUUACUACGCCUACUUCAAGGAUGACCGUGUGCUGGUUGAGCCACUUGAUGAUGCUCUCAUCAAGGAGAAGAAUUUGAAGAACGUGUCGGCCGUUAUUGUCGAUCUGAACGGAACGCUGUUGUGUAUGCAUGCCAGGUACACGGACUGGGUAGAGAAACUCUGUAACAGACUGGAAACGAUGACCAGCCUUGACCUCAGUACGAAGGUGCAUUCGGUGCUUGGCGCCUGUCAGGACUCGAAGCGGAUCAAGAGCGGCCUGAUAGCGGAGGGUCGACCGCCGCAGGUGAAAUCGGCCCUUGUCGAGCUGCUCAUUUCAGAGGGGAUGUUCUAUGAAGAGGCCAUCCUGAUCGUGAACCAGGCAUGGAGUGAGUGUCAGUCCGUGCUCCGGGCCUCGCCCAAACUGCUCGACACAGACGUGAAGCAGUUCUUCCAGACCCUGAAGAGGAAUCGAGUGAAGAUCGCCGUCUGCACGGAGGACAUGCGGGAGAACGCGGUGAAGGACCUUUUAGAGCUGGGCGUCCUCAAGUACGUCGACAUGAUGGUCUGUGGAGACGACCCUCACAGCCAGCCCAAGCCGUCCGCCCACAACGCCUUGCUCAUCUGCGACCAGCUGGGCGUGAAGCCGUCGGAGACCGUUGUCAUUGGCGACACUGUGGCCGAUCUGCACAUGGGCGAGCAGGCGAAUGUCAAGGCCAAGAUUGGAGUCCUGACUGGGGUGGGAUCUAAGUCGGAGCUGAAACCACACGCAGACCACAUUGUGGAGAGCAUCAGCGAUGUGUUGCAGCACAUUGUCCAGCAUCCCAAGCACGACGACAACGGCGAAGAUCUUGAUGGCAAAGACAAGGACUUGGUGGGACAUUCUGGUAACAAUGUACGUAGUAGACCGGGUGCAAUCAGAUCUUUUGUUCAGUCUGUUAGAACAUUCAGUACCUCGAGCAGGUUGCAGGUCAGUGUUGUAAAGAAAGAUGUCCCGGAGUACGACUAUGUUAUUGUGGGCGCUGGGUCUGCGGGUUGUGUGCUGGCCAACAGGUUGAGCAAGGACCCCAAAUCGCGGGUUCUGCUUCUGGAAGCUGGGCCUGAAGACAGGACGUGGAAGAUACACAUGCCGGCUGCUCUGAUGUACAACCUGUGCGACGACAAGUACAACUGGUAUUACCACACACAACCCGAGAAAGAGAUGAAUAAUCGGGUGAUGUACUGGCCACGGGGUAGGGUUUGGGGCGGGUCUUCGUCACUUAAUGCUAUGGUUUACAUCCGAGGUCACGCUUCAGAUUAUGAUCGCUGGCAGAAGGAAGGUGCAUCGGGCUGGUCUUACGCAGAUUGUCUUCCCUAUUUUAGAAAGUCGCAGACACACGAGCUAGGUCCGGAUGAGUAUCGGGGUGGUUCCGGUCCGUUGCAUGUCAGCAGAGGUAAGUCGAUUAACCCCUUGUUCCAGGCUUUCAUUGAUGCUGGAGUGCAGGCAGGCUACCCUUUUACUGAUGACAUGAAUGGCUACCAGCAAGAAGGUGUUGGCUGGAUGGACAUGACUGUUCACCAGGGCCUCAGAUGGAGCUCUGCUGCUGGCUAUCUGAAACCUGUCUUGUACCGACAGAAUCUGGAGACCCUGACUGGAGCUUUCAGCCACCGGCUGUCCUUUGAUAAAAACAGAGUCAUUGGUGUGCAGUUCAAGCACAGAGAUGAGAUGAAAGAGGUGCGAGCUAGUAAAGAGGUUAUCCUCAGUGGCGGAGCCAUCAACUCUCCACAGCUGCUGAUGCUGUCGGGCAUAGGCAACGCAGAUGAUCUGAAACCUCUGGGCAUAUCCACAGUGGCUCAUCUUCCAGGCGUGGGCAGCAACCUACAGGACCACCUUGAGGUGUAUGUCCAGCAGGCUUGUACCAAACCCAUCACUCUGUACUCUGCCCAGUGGAAGUUCCCGCACAACAUGAUCCGAAUCGGUCUUGAGUGGUUCCUGAAGUCGACUGGUGAUGCAGCAACAUCUCACCUGGAAGCAGGAGGCUUUGUCCGGAGUCGAGCCGGAGUCCCUCAUCCUGACGUACAGUGGCACUUCCUGCCGUCGACUGUCAACGACCACGGCAGGAAGAUUGGGCCUUGCCACGCCUUCCAGCUUCACGUGGGACCCAUGAGACCAACCAGCAGAGGUUACCUAAAGCUGAAGUCGACCGACCCAAACGAGCAUCCAAUUAUUGUUGCCAACUACCUCAGCACCCAGCAGGAUGUGGUGGAGAUGAGGGACUGCAUACAUCUGUCGAGGGAGAUAUUCAGACAGAAGGCGUUUGAUCCGUUCAAAGGUAAAGAACUUUUCCCGGGAGAUGCCAUCAGCACCGAUGCACAGAUUGAUAACUUCCUUCGUGAUCAGUCCGACAGUGCCUACCAUCCCUCGUGCACCUGUAAAAUGGGAAGUCCAGAUGAUCCGAUGGCGGUGGUCGAUUCCCAGACGAGAGUGAUUGGAGUCGAUGGACUGAGAAUUGUUGAUGCAUCCAUCAUGCCCAGUAUCGUCAGUGGGAAUCUCAAUGGUCCGACCAUCAUGCUUGCUGAGAAAGCUGCAGAUAUGAUUCUGGGUAAAGAGCCACUGCCAAAGUCCACUGCCCCUGUGUAUGCACCCAAAACGCUGGACACUCAAAGAUAAUGUAUGUCGUUUUAGGCCGCUUUUCAAUUUCAAUGUUGCUUGUAAAAGUUCAUUUGUCCAAAGUUUUUUUUGUUAAUGGGAAAGUAAUUACUUCCAUUUAAGCUGUUUAAUAGCCUUAGGCCUAUUUGCAUUUCAUAAAUUUUGGGUUGCUUAUAAUAUGUAAAAGUAAUUACUUUUACCUCGUGGUAUUGAUGAUAAAACUCCUCCUAGUGAUUUUUCUGGGCAUUAACUUAUUUGGUAACUAGUUAUUUUGUUGUCUCAAACUUGCAAACAAAAUGUGUCUUUUGAACAGAGUUGAAUGGACUGGUUUACCGGGUUACUGUAGACCGUCAUUUGGACUAAUUAAUUAAGUUACUGUAUGGACUGGUUUACACAUAGUUUACACUGUAGUGUACACCCAAGUCAUUUGGACUGGGUUACUCUGUGGACUGAGUGAGGCUGCAAAUUUAAAACUGCUGUGAAUGCACAACACAGGCAAAGGUAUAUUAAAUAAUAAUAAUUAGUGCUGUUGUCUAAGCUUAUUGUUGAUUUACACUUCUUAUAUAGUUUAUAUUAAACAGAAUUGAUUUGUUGUUAUAGUAAGGGCUCACCCUGUCCAUUGCCAAAUUAGACAAUUGCUAAUUUUAUACAAAGUGGCUGCAACUUUCAGUCGUUAGCUAAUAAAAGAUCCCUUAAAUUAUCCACAUUUAAUAAUUUUCAAGGAAAUAUUCAAUAUAUCUGACAAUUGGUUAAGUCAAAAAAUUUGCCAGAGUGAGCCCUGUAUAUUCUUUUAAUUUGUAAUUAUUUAAUGUUUAUGUAAGUCCGUUCAUUGUGCAAUGAUCUUUUUUUCUUUUCUUUUUUGGUGUGGGUGGGAGACGGGGGUGAUAUUUUGUCAUGUUUCUGAGAAUUGAAAAUUACCUUAAAUUAUUCAGGGGUUUUGCCAAAAAGUUAGCAUAAGCUGUUACAGCCAUGUAUAUGAUGUCCUAAAUUUCAUGUGUGCGUGAAUGAAAAUAAAAGAAAAUGGUAUGCAAAACUUCAUGUGUGCCAGCGCUGGGCCUAAUGAAAUGAUACAUUUUAGAAAUGUUCUUAUAUAUGUAUUUUGAACAACUUUUGAUCAACAGGGUAACUGUUUUUGAUCAACAGGGUAACUGUUUUUGAUCAACAGGGUAACUGUUUUUGAUCAACAGGGUAACUGUUUUUGAAAAAGUUUAACUAUGUCCAUUUUUAUAAUAUAUUCUUUGUUAAAUUCAUAGGCAAUAAAUUAAACUAAUUGUCAAGCCUUUUUCUUAGAAUAACAUACUUAAAGUUGUUAGUGUACUUAAAUUUUUAUUUUUCUGUAUUGCAAUAUGUUUAUUUGAUUAUAUCCGUUAUAUUAUUUUGUCUCAUUUUUACAAUUUACAUAAAUAUCAGCUGAAUUAUGUGUCAUAUGUUUCAAAAAAAGGGCUAUUAAGUAAUAAAUAUUUUUCACAAAUAACCUCAACCUGAGUUCAUGUUGUGUA